AUGGAUCUGUAUCCUUCCAGAAGGAGAUUAUCUAUUUCCAAAGCCAUUGAUAAACAUACUGAAGAACAAAUUGGCGUCCAAGAAAAGAGAUACAGGUUGUUUGGAGCAAUGAGGAUCACUGAGAUCCUAGCUUAUUUCAUGGUGAUUUUCCCUGUUUUGCUAGUAAUCAUAGUUAUCUUUGGACAGGAAUGGUAUGAUCAAAGGAAUGGCUUUGCAGAAGCAUCAAGAAUCAUGCAAAUAAAACCAGAACCAAAUGUGACAUCCACAGAUGAUUCAACCUUGCAGAGUGAUCAUGAUCCAAAAGAUUCUCUGCUUGGAGGACUACUUGUGUCUGGUUUCAACAAAGAUUCUUGCAUGAGUAGAUACCAAUCUCAACCUUCACCGUAUAAACCUUCUUUGUAUCUCCUUUCAAAGCUUAGAAGAGCUUAUGAAGAGCUUCACAAACGAUGUGGACCAGGAACCAGACCAUAUACCAACGCUGAAAGACUGCUUAAACCGAAACAAAUCGGUGAUUUAGACUCAGAAGGAUGCAAGUAUGUUUGGAUGGAGUUUAGUGGAUUAGGCAACCGGGUUAUAAGUAUUGCCUCAGCGUUUCUGUGUGCAAUGUUGACAGAUAGAGUCUUGGUCGUUAAGGGAGGAGAGUUCGCUGAUCUAUUAUUCUGUGAACCGUUCCUAGACACCACUCGGUUGUUACCAAACGACUUGACAUGAGCUAAUCAGUUUCGUGGCUUUGCUCAAAACUCAGCUCAUUUCCAUGGAGAUAUGCUGAAGAGGAAACUGAUCUACGUGUCUUCGGUUUCGUCUCUGUCUCAUCUUUACAUCCAUCUAGCUCAUGACUGCAACGACCAUGACAAAAUGUUCUUCUGUGAAGAAGAUCAGAGUUUACUAAAGAGCGUGCCGUGGUUGCACUUGAAUCGUUACCUUUUCCAUCCUUCAAACAAUAUGUGUGGACUAAUCACAAGGUACUACUAUAAAGCUUACUUAGCCAAAGCUGAUGAGAGGAUAGGUCUUCAGAUAAGAGUCUUUGAUGAGAAAAAAGAUGUAUCUCCACAAGUCACAAAGCAGAUCAUUUCUUGUGUUCAAAGCCAAGAAGUGUUGCCAAAACUGAUCAAACCAGGAGAAGAACAAAAGCAGCCAUCACAACCAUCACAAGUACAAGAAGAGUUUAAUAAACUGAAAGCUGUGUUGAUCACUUCUUUAAAAACAGGCUACUUUCAGAUCUCGAAAACAAUGUACUGGGAGAAUCCAACGGUAACUAGAGAUGUGAUCGGAAUACAUCAGCCAAGUCAGGAAGGGUAUCAACAAACAGAGAAGCUAAUGCAUAACAGGAAAGCUUGGGGCAGCAUGUACUUAUUGAGCUUGACUGAUAAGUAGGUUAUUAGAGCUUGGUCUUCGUUUGGGAACGGGACUGGGUAUGUAGCGCAAGGACUUGGAGGACAAAGAGCUUGGAUUCUGUAUAAGCAAGAAAAUCAAACCGAUAUGAUGACUCCUCCUUGUGGUAAAGCUAUGUCACCAGGUCCUUGUUUCCAUUCUCCUCCUUACUACGAUUGCAAAACAAAGAAGGGAACCACGGGUGAUGUCGUUACGCACGUGAGACACUGUGAGGAUAUAAGCUAGGGACUUAAGCUUGUUGACAACUUAUAA